CAAAUUUAUUCUUGAAUAUAUUACAUAAUUGCUAAUCGCAAUGUUCGAGGAAUCAAGCGGACAGACGAUGGAGGAUUUUGAAACCAACCCUGAGUUGAUCAAUAGGCUACGAGCGCUAGUUCGCCAAUAUAGAGAAAAGAGACACUAUCAGACUGCUUUAUUUUGGGCGGACAAAGUUGCUUCAUUAUCGAAAUAUGAAAUACAAGAUAUUUAUAACCUUGCACAAUGCAUGUAUUCUGUUGGUGAAUACGAAAGAGCUGCUUUGUUUAUUAAAGGAAAAAGAUUACAUGAAAAGCACUCAGCAUUCAGAUAUCUUGCUGCAAAAUGUUAUGCAGAAGCAAAAGAAUGGCAAUUAGCUCUCGAUUUAUUGGAAGAUGCAACUUUUCAAGUCAUUCCUAGGAAACUACAUAUGGAGACUGAAGAUGUUCCUGGAAUACCAACUAACAAGGAAAUGAAAGCAUCAAUUUUGCUACUGAAAGGAGAUAUAUAUGAAGCUAAAGACACAAGACAAUAUGCUGCUCAAUGCUAUGAGGAAGCUCUUCUGGUCGAUGUGUUCUGCUAUGAAGCAUAUGAUCGAAUCAUCGCUCACCAUCUUUUAUUUCCUUCUGGAGAACAAGAACUACUCGAGUCACUCCCACUUAAUGACCAAUGUAAAUCAGAAGAAGAAAGACAGCUCGUUUCAUUUCUUUAUGGAACUAAAAUUAGGAAGUAUGACAAACCCACAGACUUCAAAGUUCCAAAACCUCUUGAUAAUCUUCAUGAAAAUUUAGAAGUUGCAACAUCGAUUGCAGAACGACUUUAUUAUAAUUCUGAAUUCAAAACGGGAUAUAAAUUUACUUCAGGAAUACUGAGGACUGAUCCAUAUCAUACUGAAUGUUUACCUCUUCAUAUUGCAUUUCUUGUUGUGUUAAGAAAAUCAAAUGAACUUUUUUAUCUCUCCCACAAACUUGUCAAAAGAUAUCCAGAGAAAGCAAUUUCCUGGUAUUCAGUUGGAUGCUACUAUCUCCUGCAACCUAAAAAACAAGAAUUAACGAGGAGAUAUUUAUUGAAAGCUACACUCAUUGAUAAGAUGUUCGGCCCUGCUUGGCUUGCGCUUGGACAUUCAUUUGCAUUGGAAGGAGAACAUGAUCAAGCUAUGGCUGCCUAUUUUACUGCUACACAGCUUAUGAGAGGAUCUCAUCUUCCAUAUUUAUACAGUGGAAUUGAAUACAGUGUGACAAACAACCUAACAUUAACGGAUAAAUUUUUCGAUGUUGCUUUAUUCAUUUGUCCUGAUGAUCCUCAUACCUUACAUGAAAUAGGAGUUGCCAACUACACUUUAAAUAAGUAUGUAUCGCCUUUGAAAUAUUUUAACAAACGCAUUAGAAGUUUUGAAAGGAAAAUGAAGGAGAAACAAUAUCAGGAGGAAUGGGAAGCUUUAUUAAAACAAUUUGGGGCCCAUGUUCACCAGGGUACGAAAAUGAAGAACUACCAACUUGCAUUGAAAUAUCAUCAACAAGCGUUGAUAUUAGCUCCACAAUCUGCACAAACCUAUUCCAGUAUCGGAUUCGUUCUUAGUUUUAUGGGAAGAUACAGUGAAGCUUUGGAAUAUCUCCAUAAGGCACUUGGCCUACAACGAGACGGUUUUGCAGUUAAUUUGAUAGAACAUGUCAUCGAACAGUAUUCCGAAUCUGAACCAGCUUUUUUGGAUGUGAUAAUUCUUGUUGUGAGGACGAUACAAACCUCCACCCUUCAGAAGGAUUUGGAAUGGCAGACGAAGACCAGUGUGAGAUUGUCGAUCAUAACGAAGGAAAACAAACAGAACAGAUGGAAAGUUCUGUUCAUACUUCACCAACCUUUUUGGAAUCGCAAAGUAAUGCUGAAUCAGGUAACCUGACAAAAACAACUGAAAAGGACAAUGUUUUGAUUAAAAAUAUACUGUUAGAAGAGGGAGCGGCAAACGCUUUUCAAACUCCCGAAGAAUACAUGCUGGGACGCCCUCUACCUCCUGUAUUACGUGGUUUGAAAAAGACUCAAGUAAAAAGCAGGAGAGUGGUGUCGUCACCUGCGCCUCUGCCUAUUGACUUUGCUGUUGGAACAGAAGGUACACCUUCCGCUGUUGAAGGAGGCGACGUAACACCAGUUUUGCCGCCCAGAAAAAUGUUGUCGUUGGCCAGUAGCGAAAGCAGCGAUGAUGGCGGUGUCCCAGUUGGUGGAGUAGUCCAGGGUAAAGGUGACGCCCAACAACCCAAUCAAGAGGAACCUCGUAGCAGAGCACUUUCCACCGAAGAUCCAUUUUCAACAAGUGUAUUAAAGGGCGGAGGAAGGGGGUUUGAAACCACAUCUGCCGCUGACAUUCCAGGAGUAUCUGAUAGUGUUAUAAUGAUGCUGGGGGAUAGUGUUGCAAGCGCAUCUGACACCUCUAUACCAUCAACCUCUGGUAGCCAUAUUUCUAUGCCUGAAGUUACUUCGCCAGAGAAAAACAGACGAACUAGAAAUCCUAAUGAAUCAUCUGAUAUGGAAAUGGACGACACUUUAGAUUAAAUGAAAAUAUUUUAGAAACUGAUUUUGUUGAUAUUUGGUUUGGGUAUUCGUGAAGUUAUGACUAUUAAUAUAUCUUGUUUUUU